AUGGGGGCGAUAAUAGGCAUUGCUGUCGGCGGCGCCGUGGGGCUCAUUUUCCUCGUCACCUGCGGCCUCCUCGCGUUCUUUUUCCUUGUACCGAAAAAGAAGGAGGGUGAGCGAACCCGCACCCGCGGCGGCGGCGGCGGCAGCGCGGCCCCGGGGACCGUGGGCGGCGCGGAGAAGGCGCCGUUUUACGCGCAGCCGCAUCUGGUCCGCGGGGUGCGCGGGCGGCAGGCGGCAGCUGCGGCUGCGGCCGGGGUAGCGGCCGGCGCGGCUGCGGGCGGAGCGGCAGCGGCGGCGGCGGCUGCAGGCGGCGGGCCCGGCGAGGACGAGGACAGCGAGGAGGGCAAUAAUGCGUAUGGCGACGGCGCGCCUGCUGCUGGCGAGGAAGAAGAGGAGUAUUACGAAGACGAGGGCGGGGCGGCUGCAGACGGGGAGGAAGCGGUCGAGGAUCUGUACGGGGAAGGGGAGGGCGACGGGGAGGCGGAAGGGGAAGCGGAAGGGGAAGCGGAAGGGGAAGGGGAAGAGGACGAUGAAGACCUAUACGAAACCGGUGGCGACAGCGGUGGGCCUUAUUUGGGAGGCGACUCAGGAGGGGGAGCAGGCGGCGCGGGCGCAAUCGCUGGCGCAGCCGCCGGUGCGGGGGUCGUCGCCGGCGCAGCUGUCGCGGGCGGCGCAGCAGCCGCCGUCGCGCUGGGGGACGGCGAUAGGAUGAGCGAAGAAGCGGACGACGAGUGGUGGUUUCCGUACGAGGAAUUGGAAGAAGCCACAGAUGGAUUUUCCGACAGUAACAAGCUUGGAGAGGGCGGGUUUGGGCCUGUGUACCGCGGAGUGCUGGCGGACGGGAUGCCCGUGGCGGUGAAGGUGCUGAAGGUGGGGGGCCAUCAGGGGGAGCGCGAGUUCCGCGCGGAGGUGGACAUUAUUAGUCGCGUGCAGCACAAGCACCUGGUGACGCACCUGGGGUACUGCAUCGCCAGCGCGCAGAGGUUGCUGGUGUACGAGCUCGUGCCCAAUGGGUCGCUGGAGGACGCUCUGCAUGGCGAGGGCCGUCGGCUGCUGGCAUGGAAUUUCCGCAUGAAGAUCGCUCUGGGCGCUGCCAAGGGCCUCGCUUACCUGCACGAGGAAUGCCACCCGCGCAUCAUCCACCGUGACAUCAAGUCGUCCAACAUCCUCCUCGAUAAGGACUAUGAGGCCAAGGUGGCGGACUUCGGUGCUGCCAGGCUGGCAGCAGAGGACGCCAUGCCAAUCAUCACACGUGUAGUCGGCACUUUCGGGUACCUGGCGCCAGAGUAUGCAUUGACAGGCAAGCUGACAGAGAAGUCUGACGUGUUUUCGUUUGGAGUGGUGCUGCUGGAGCUUAUAACGGGGAAGAGGCCAGUGGAGCAGGAGAAACCGCAGGGCAGCGACAGCCUCGUGGAAUGGGCGCGCCCCCUGCUAGCAGAACGGGCAAUGGAGGAACUAGCAGACCCCGAGUUGGAUGGGUGCUACGGGCAGAGGGAGAUGGAGCGCCUCGUCACUGCGGCUGCACUCUGUGUGCGCCAAUCCGCUGUGCUGCGCCCCCGCAUGAGCCAGGUGGUGGCGAUGAUAGAGGGGCGCGGCGAUGUGGAGGUGGAGGCUACCGACGACGAGGGGGGGAGUGCGUUGCGGGAGAGUGCGGAGUUCUCAGGAGGAGAGCUGGGGAGUCGAGAGGACAUGUACCCUGAGGAGAUCGUGCAGCAGUACCCGCACAGUGCUGACAGCAAAGGGAGUGCUGGGGCAAAGGGCAGGAAGGGGCGCAUGGCAGCGCUAGCAGCAGCAGCAGCAGAGCUCACACCAGGCCACACCUUUGCCUCUGCCACCUCUGCUACCAGUGCAGACCCCCUCAUUGCCAACACCUCCCCCUCCUCCCAGGGCCAGAUGCAGCCUCCCCCAGAUGUACCUCCUCCGCCUGCCCAGGCUGGGCCCAUGCCUCUGCCGCUGCCGCCCGGGCGCAAAGGGGGCGGUGGAAUAUUAGCCGCCAGAACAGCGGACGCUUACUCCGCGAGCUCGCCAGCGACCGUCGCAUGCCCUCCGUUACAAUGCGACGUGACACAUCGAGGCGUGCUUUGGAACCACCCGAAUCUCGGCAACCUCAAUGACGUGGAGCUCACGGGGGCCGUUCGCACGUCAGCAAAGUGCAGCGAGGUCUGCGCCUCGACUCCCGGCUGCGACGUAUGGCUGUUCGGACUCGUGUCAACCGGAGCGUAUUGCAAAAUGUGGACGGCAGAGCAGAGCCCUUGCCGCCCAGACGCGUUCGGUGACGUCGCGUACGAUCCGACCCCUCGAGUCGAAGGUUUCUUUGGUUUCGGUGGGAAUUGCAAUGCCGGCAGCACCGCCAAAAUUGCAGUCGCCGCUGAUGACUCGACGACGAGCUCUGCGACACCAGGCAGUGCGACAGCGUCGCCGACACAGGGCGACGGACUCGGCGACGAGGACUCUGCGAAUGGCGGAGAAAUUCUCAACGUUGACGUUGCGGUGGACGUUACGGCCGCAGCACCUGCGAACAGUUCAGAUCCGAAGUCGCUUGAAAUCUCCCCCGCAAUGUCCGGACUCUCGGCGCAAACGGGAGAAGCGGGCGAGCCGCAGCUUGUGGAGGCGGCAGUUGCGGUGCGGUUGCGCGGACAGAAGCAGUCGGACCUGACAGUUCCGGGAUUUGCCUUUGCGGGGGAGGUUAGUUCCGCCGAAACGAGCCCAGGCGUUGCGCCUGUGAAUGCGCGUGGUCCGCGGAGUGCAGGUCUGGGGAACGCCGAUUCUGCGGCGGUAACGACGCAGGCUGCGCCAGACAGGGCAGUCCGGGGAGCGGAACGGGGGGAGGCGCUGACUGCAUCCGCAGCGGGAGUGGCGAGAGUUGCGGAUGCUCUGGAGAGGCAACAAGGCCCCACAGCCCAGUGCCCGGACUUCCGCUGCAACUGGCCGCGCACUGGCUUCUUCUUUGAUCACCCGGGCAAGGGCCACCAGGCGGUGAUUGUGACGCCGUACACCAACCAGCCGUUCGAGUGCUGGCGCAUCUGCCGCCGCACAGAGCACUGUGCCUUCUGGAUGUUCGAGAUGCAGACGAUCCAAGGCCGAUGCAAGCUGUGGAGGAAGGAGCAGAGCCCGUGUGAGCCUUCAGACCCAGCAGACGUCACCUCCACCACAUACCAACAAAGGGCAGAUGGGCUGUUCGUGGUGGGUGGUAACUGUGAUGGAGGGAUUGAGACCAUUGCUAAAACCGCUCUCUUCUUCCCUCUUCCGCCCAUGCUGCGCGUGCUGGACUUGGCGUGCGCUCCAAGCUCCUGGGUGUUCAAAUCUCCCACCCACUUAACUUUCACUCUCACUGCAGCAUCUCUCCAAGGGGGCCUCACCACGUGUGCUGCACUCAACGCCCACCUUGGUGCUGACAUCAUCGGAGCCAAUAUUGACGGCACAGCUGACAUCAGCAUUCUGAGAAGGGGAGCAUCCGUGUAUCUGUCCUACAAGAUCACAGCUCAGGGCUUGACUCAGCGCCCAUCCUCCUCCCCUGCCAUCGUCGCCCACGGUUCACUGCACGCCUCCCUCUCUCCCUCUACAGGAGCCACCGCCUCCGGUUCUCUCACCUCCACUACAAAUCUCCUCAACCCCUCCCUCUCUGCAUCCACCACCGCCGGUGCCGGCACCGCUCUUAACCCAGAUGGAUCGCUCUCCACCGCAGGGGGUCUCUCAGCCUCCACCAGCCUCCUCAACACCGGAGCCACAGCAGCAGGCAGCACUGACGCCUCCCUCCCCAAAGCCACUGCCUCGGGCUCUGGCUUUAUCGCCGCCUCAACUGCUCUCCUCAACACGACAGCCACUGCCAGCGGUGGUGCCCAGGCGUCUCUCCCCAACGCCACUCUCUCUGGCUCCGGCUCUCUUGCUGCCUCCACUGGUCUGCUAAACACAUCUACUCGUGCCGGCACCAGUGCAGCAGUCUCCCUUCCCAACGGCACUGUCUCUGGAUCCGGUUCUCUCUCUGCUUCCACCGCCCUCCUCAACACAUCUGCUGGGGUGGGAGCCUCAGCCGGGGUCUCCCUUCCCAACGGUACAGUCUCGGGCUCCGGUUCUCUGGCUGCUUCCUCCAGCCUGCUCAACACGGCCGCUGCCGUUGGUGCCGGUGUCAAUGCAGGCUCGGGCAGUGUCCAAGCCAACCUCGGAGGCUCGGCGAACCUUGACCUCAACCCCGCAGGCGUUGUCUCAGGGAUUGGUGGGGUUAUCUCUGGUGCGGGUGGCGCUGUGGGGAACGUGGUUGGUUCGGCAGGGAAGGCUGCAGGCUCGGUGGUAGGCUCUGUGGGCACUGUUGCAGGUUCGGUGAUUGGCACUGUGGGCAAGGUGGCCGGCUCGGCAGGGAAUGCGGCAGGCUCGGUGCUUGGCUCGGUGCCCUCGAUUCUGUCUCCCCUGGUUGUCCUCCCUGGUGCGUGGGUGAAGGCUGCAGUCAAUGCCAAUGUUGGAGCCAAUAUCGGUCAGGUGGAUGCUGCAGAGGGAGGUGAUAUCCCAAGCAGUGUGACUAGCACAGGGCUGAGUAGCACAUGGUUGACUCUUAGCCACGUUGUAUCAAGUAGCACACCGUUGACUCUUACGCACGUUGUAUCAAGUUGA